CAGGAAGCGUCUUGUAUUAGUAUCUUGGAGAAAGUGAAUCAGCACGGACAUUGUAGCAGAGUCGGUCAUGCCUGCCAGAAAAAUUUGCGCAGUUUUCAGCUCGCUGCUUCUUUUUUGGGUCGCGUGGGCAGACGGAGACAUGCGGGGUAGAUGCGUGUGUCCGAACAAAGUUGACGCGGUGCAUCCGAAGCGCGUCGCCGAUAUCACAGUGCUACAGAAGGAUGCGUUCUGCGGCGAGACUCAGAUAAUACUCACUCUGAAGCAGAACGGCGAGGUGUGUCUGAACCCAGACUCAGAACAGGGCCGAAACAUCCAGGAAUGCUGGAGGAGCCAUGACAUGGACCCAGAAAAAACAAAGGCGUGCUUAAGGAAGAAGAAAACAACCCACUAAGCUGACCGCACAAGACAUCACCAUAAUACAGUAUAACAGCGCAAUACUCCAUGUAGGCUGAUACCCCAGACAUGUUACAGUUGCGCUUUUAAUCUCGCAUAUGAAGGGACCUCAUAUAGUGCAUGCGCAUGGUUUUUUUUUUGUACCUGUAUUUUAUAUUAAAAACAAAGAAGAUAAUUAAAAAAAAUAAUAAUAUCUAAAGCCAAGAUUGUGGGUGUGUUGGCAGUUGCAUGCUUUACGUUAUUUUGCUGUUCAAUUUAACAAUGAUAAGUAAAAGCAUUUAAUAAACACCUCACCAUCUUUUAAACACGAACCUUUACUCCAAUGAUUGUGCAAACAUACCCAGCCCUUCUUGUUUAAGUAACUGUAUGUAACUUGACGCUGAAAUACGAAUUGCCUCUCUGAGGACAUUAAAGUUUUCUAAUCUAAUCUAAUCUAGUCUUAGUCUCAAGCCAUUUCAUAAUUAUUGCAGAGCAAAGCCCUGAUGGCAUGCAGGUAGAAAUCAAUUUUCUACUAUUGUUGCCAUUCCUGUCAGGAUUCUGCCGUUUGCUCCCUCUUUAGUUACCCCUGUGUUAAUUGUAUUAUCGUUUUCAAUUAUUCCAUCGUUGUUUUUUCUUUGUGUCUCGUUAUCCCUUUCUUUUUGGGUUUGAUUGUGUAUUGAGUUCUCCCUGUGUCUUGUUAGAGUUGUGGCUAUUUAGGUUCUCUGUUUCCCUGACUCGGGUGUUGUGUUUCUGCUUGUGUUUGUGUUUAUGCCUGUGUGUCUGACUGUGUUUAUGCCUGUUUGUUUCCACCUUAGAGUAUCUGCCUGUGUGAAUCUGCCUGUCCGUUUCUACCCGCGCUCUGUCUGAGAGUUCUGCCCUGCCCGAGUUCUGUUUUCCUCGUGUUUUUUUGGCUUUUAAAAAUUCUGCUGUUUUUGUUUCUUUUUGUGUUUUUGGAAGUGCCCUGCGUGGCCUUGUUUUUGUUCCCUGUUUUCUGUCACCUGCAUUAGAUUAAAGUCUUUGGUUGGAUUUGC